AAAAAAAGUUUAUCACUCCUACCAACAACAUCGAUAACACUAGCUUCUUCAGUUUGUGGCAUCUCGAAGCUCGUUGUCUUCAAUGGCUUCACUUAUUAACAUGGUUUCAGUUUCACCAAGAAUAUUAACACCCACAACAACAACAACAACAAGAACCUCUUCACUUCCAACACGACCAAGUUUUGCUCCAUUUUCUCUCUCAUUUCCUAAGAGAAGAUUAACCGUUAGAGCAGCUGAAACCGAUGCAAAUGAAGUUAAACCUGAGGCACCGGAUACGGCGCCUGCUAAAAAUGGAUCAAGCUUCAAUCAGCUUCUUGGUAUUAAAGGAGCUUCUCAAGAAUCAAAUAUAUGGAAGAUUCGUCUUCAACUUACAAAGCCUGUAACUUGGCCUCCAUUAGUUUGGGGUGUAGUUUGUGGUGCUGCUGCUUCUGGAAAUUUCCAUUGGGACUUUGAGGAUGUUGCUAAAUCAAUUUUGUGUAUGAUGAUGUCUGGUCCAUUCCUGACAGGAUAUACACAGACUCUGAAUGAUUGGUAUGACCGAGAAAUCGAUGCAAUAAAUGAACCUUAUAGACCGAUUCCUUCUGGUGUGAUAUCUGAGAACGAGGUAAUCACUCAAAUAUGGGUGCUUCUACUAGGAGGUCUUACUUCGGCGGGUAUAUUGGAUAUAUGGGCAGGGCAUGAUUCCCCUACACUUUUUUACCUUGCAUUGGGUGGAUCCCUGCUGUCGUAUAUAUAUUCUGCACCUCCUUUAAAGUUAAAACAAAAUGGAUGGAUCGGAAACUUUGCCCUUGGAGCAAGUUACAUUAGUUUGCCAUGGUGGGCUGGUCAAGCUUUGUUUGGGACUCUUACACCAGACAUUAUUGUUCUCACACUCCUUUACAGCAUAGCUGGCUUGGGAAUUGCCAUCGUAAACGAUUUCAAAAGUGUUGAAGGAGAUAGAGCUCUAGGACUUCAGUCUCUUCCCGUCGCCUUUGGCGAGGAAACUGCAAAGUGGAUAUGUGUUGGUGCUAUCGACAUUACACAAUUAUCUGUCGCAGGAUAUCUACUCGGGGCUGGUAAACCGUAUUACGCAUUGGCUCUACUUGCCUUAAUAGCUCCACAAGUCAUAUUUCAGUUCAAGUAUUUCCUCAAGGACCCUGUGAAAUACGAUGUUAAAUAUCAGGCUAGUGCACAACCGUUUUUGGUUCUUGGUCUGUUGGUUACUGCUCUAGCAACAAGCCAUUGAUAAAAAGAAGUUCAAGAGAGAGAGAGAGAGUCACACCAGUUAGAAAAAAUUUCAUAAAUUUGUAUUGAAGAUGUGUGCCAUAGUAUUAAUGUAAUUUCAUUUUUCUGUUUUUUCCUCUAAUUUUUGUUUUGUUCUAUCUUCUCUUAUCCACUUAAUUUUUUUUUUAAAGAUUUCUAAGCUCAGGUUGAGAAAAGAUUUAUUUUUAGGAAACUAUAAAUAAGACCAAUUGUACAAAUGUAUUGUAGACAUAUUCGCAUAUACAAUUUUCCUUCCAUAGUUCAAUAAUAUUAAACAUUGGCUACC